ACUUAUCAUUAGUCUCUAUCUGACGUUCAGUCGUGAAAGACAUCUCAAAUAGAUCUGAGACUUUUUUAAAAUUUCAUUUUUUUUUGUUAUAAAUAUCUCUUCAAAGGAAAAUUGAUAUAACAUGGAUUACUUCCAAAUUCUCUGCGCCAUAAGCAUGGUGAUUCUCACGAUUUACUAUUAUUAUUCAUCAAAAUAUGCUUUUUGGAAAAAUCGUGGUAUAUCUGGACCAAAACCUACAAUAUUUUUUGGCAAUUUUGCGAAUUCCGUGAUAAAAAAAAGGUCAAUAUCUGAAACUGUUAAAAAGUGGUACGACGAUUAUAAACAUGAAUCAGUUUCUGGGAUAUUCGAAGGAAUGACUCCAGUUCUUAUCGUUAACGAUUUAGAUAUGAUAAAGGAUGUUCUCAUCAGAGAUUUUUCAUUAUUUGUGGAUCGAGGAUUUCAUAUUUUUCCGAAGAUAGAACCAUUGACGCAACAUCUCUUCUUGUUGGAAGCUGAAAGAUGGCGACCAAUGCGAAUGAAACUUUCACCGAUAUUCACAUCCGGAAAACUGAAAGAGAUGUUCUCCCUUAUAGUGGAAAGCGCGGGAAAUUUAGAGAAAUAUUUGGACGAUGUGAUAAAAAAGAACGAAAUAGUGGAAUGCCGUGAUUUAGCUGCAAAAUUUACGACCGACGUUAUCGGCAGCUGCGCUUUUGGGAUUAACACAAAUUCCCUUUUGGAUGAGGAUAGUGAAUUUCGUAGAAUGGGCAAAAAGAUUUUUUCACCUACUUUGAAAUUGAUGAUUGGAAAUACUUGUAAAGUACUUUUUCCAUCUUUGUACGAAGUAAUCGGUAAUAUGUUUACAAUGAAAGACGUCGAUGAAUUUUUUAUAAAUUUGGUCAGUGAUACAAUGAAAUAUAGAAAGGAUAACAAUAUAAUUCGAUCAGAUUUUAUUAAUAUGCUCAUGCAACUGAAAGAACAUCCAGAGAAAAUGGACAAUAUUGAAUUAACAGAUACUUUGUUAACUGCGCAAGCAGUCGUCUUCUUCGUUGCCGGAUUUGAAACUUCUUCAUCGACGAUGGCAUUUAGUCUUUAUGAGUUAGCUCAAAAUCAAGAAAUACAAGAUAAAUUACGGCAAGAAAUUAGAAAAAUGGACGAGAAAAAUAACGGAGUAUUGACAUAUACGGAUAUCAAAGAAAUGAAAUAUUUGGAUAAGGUAUUUAAAGAAACCUUAAGGAAAUAUCCAAUAUUGUCGAUGUUAUCCAGAAAAGCGAUGGAAAAUUAUACAUUUAAAGGUACUAAAAUUACAAUACCAAAGGGCACGAAGUUAUGGGUGCCAGUAUAUGGUAUUCAACAUGAUCCAAAUAUUUAUCCGAAACCUGAAGUAUUCGAUCCCGAAAGAUUCGAGGAUGAUGCUGUCGCUGACAGACAUCCUAUGAGUUAUUUGCCAUUUGGCGAUGGGCCAAGAAAUUGCAUCGGUGCUCGUUUUGCGCAUUAUCAAAGCAAAGUUGGUCUUACGACAAUUCUUCGCAAUCACAAAGUUAAUGUUUGUGAAAAAACCACGAUUCCCUUCAAAUCUGAUGAACGUAGCUUUUUAUUGGCGUUAAAAGGAGGAGUGUACUUAAAAAUAACUAAGAUUUAAUGUUAUAUAUAAAAAAUAAUUAUUAUUAUAUAAUAAUAUUCAUUUUUUUAUUAACUAAAUAAGUAUUUGAUCUCAAUUUCAAACUAUAAUAUAUACAUUUUAAAUAUUAAUUAUUAUUAAUUCAAAUAUUAAAUUAUUAUUUAUAAAUAUAA